UCCUCGUGUUUGCAUAGCUGAACCAGAGCGCUCGUGCUGGUGCCGUCGAGUGCGCACGCCCCCGCGCUCACCUGCCUCGCGCUGGAACCUGACACAGACGCAGGCUGUGCGGUCGUCUGUCUCCCUGGAGGAGAAAAGUGCGAUUUUAAGGUGGAAUUAAUUGGACUUUUUACCCGCUGGGGAAAGGCCGGCUGUGUUUGUGAGUGCUCUCCGACAAGAGUGAGAGGAGGACGGUGGCAGCUGAGCGAUAAAGACGCGGAGGGAAAUUAAUCUUAAAGUCUGUGAGCAAACUAACGUUAAAAGGGAGCGAGCGACAAGAGACAGGCGUCAAUGUAAAAAACUAUGAGUGAGACUCUUCUUCCACACAGUAUGGAUCAGCGCUCUUCAAAGAAGAUUAUACAUUGGUUUAAGAUUACUUAUCAGCGAUCUUUGGGACCUUAAAGGAUCUAUGUAACCUCACGGAGAACGAGUGUCGCCAUCUUCAUCAUCAACAUCAUCAUAAUCUGUAUCAGUUGACAGUCUGGAAAUAGCCAGAUUCUUUAGUUUAAAUUGAUGUAGUCUGUCACACAGACAUAGGGUGAAAUUCUCCUUCCUGCAAAGCCAAGGAAAGCAUAAAGACGUAAGCACCGCUCUAGUGUGUAUUUAUCAUGUAGACAAGGUGACAGAGAGACGGACAACCAGAUAAAGCAAAGUGACAGGUUGACAGACGGCAAGAUCCCUCACACUCUCACGGGUCACGAUGCCGGACGAGUCACAAGGUUUUCAGGAUAAGGAGAAGCCUGGAGGAGAAGCAUCGCAGGUGUCUUUGAUGCCAGACAUUGUGGUUGAUUCCAGCGAUGGGAAGGGCAAAAUCACCGGAGGGGAUAUCCUGGAGCUUGAUGAAUUCAGUCAAACAACAGAUGAUAUAAAAAAAUCUGCAGAAAGCAGCGCUGUUAACAUUUUGCAAGGAAAUGACAGCACAAAAAACGGGAAUGACGUGACACUGAAUGGAACUGAUCUCACUGUCGGGAACCAGUCAGGACUCAGUGAAUCCCAGGUUACUGUAGAGGUUGGCGUGGUGAAAACAGCACAGGCCCCUGAACCUCUCAAAGCCAGUUCUUUGUUGAGGGGAGCAGUUGUGACCCUGGAGGCUGUGGAUCACGAUGCCGGGGUCAACUCAUCCUGUGAUAGGCUGCAAACAGAACACAGUACCUCACUGCAAACAAACGGCUGCAGCGACUCGGACUACAGCAGCACAAAAUCCAGCCCUGGUUACGCUUGCACUAGUUUCAGCACUGACUUCUGUGAUGAGGAGUUAUCAGAGCUUGAUGGAAGCUCAUUUGAAAAGACGAACCCUAUCUCUCCGGUCAAUUCCUCAGAUCCCAGUUUAGACACUCCUCAGUCUAACAACACCACAAAAAAUAAUCCAGAUGAAAACAGAGACAAUUCCAAAACAGACUUAACGGUUAAAAGGGAAGAAGAAAACUCACUCAGUGGCAGUUCACCUGCUUUCCCAGACGUUUCAUCCCAAGUCACCUACACAAGGUACAGCAUCGACGUCAGGUUGGACGAGGAGGAUGGAGACGAGGACCAAGACAGGCGAAGCACCAGGUCCAGGCAGAGCGUGAAGGAUGGAGUGUGUUGCUGCUAUCAGGCGAUCCACAGGGCUUUUCUCCAGUGUGUGGAGGAGACUCCGGCCAUGCUGUCUGGACUGGUGCUGUCUUUGGCCUUCUGUGUGGCCAUCAUCGUACUCAUUCCCACCACAGGAAGGAACAUCAGUAUCCAUGUCGGUGCUCUGGCGGUGGUGUGCGUGGUUCUGUGUCUGAGUGCUGCGCUGCUUGUCUGUCUGCCUUGGCUGGCCACGGUGAGGCGCUGUGGAGGAGCCCUGGCGCUCUUUGUCUGGGGGACGCUGUACAUCACUGCCAUAGUUUUCAUCUUCACUGGAGGACCUGUCACUACGUGGGAACAGGUAGCGUUUUUCCUCUUCCUCUCUCUAAGCGUCUACACGGUGCUGCCUCUGUCUCUGGCCUGGGCCCUCAUGGUUGGGAUUGGGACCAGUGUUUCACACAUCAUCAUCAUCAGCACCUACGUCUCUAUCAGAAGCCCAGAGACACCAGACCUGGCUGUGCAGCUCGUGGCGAAUGCAGUCCUGUUUGUGUGUGUGAACUGCAUCGGGAUUUUCCACCUGUGGACGACCGAGCACGAUCUCAGGAUAUCCAAUCAGAAGAGAGAGGAGUUCAGUGUCAUACGUUCCCAGAAGGAAAUCAGGAAAUAUCAGCAGGAGCAGCUCCUGCUGUCGGUGUUGCCACGCUACAUCGCUAUGGAGCUGAAAACGGAGGUGAUAAAGAGGCUGUCCAAGCCUAAGAGCGAUAAGGAGAAUGAGUCCAACUUCCACAACUUUCACAGCCUCUACAUACGGCAGCACAGAGACGUCAGCAUCCUGUAUGCGGACAUUGUGGGUUUCACAAAGUUGGCGAGUACCUGCUCUCCAGAAGAGCUGGUUGCUGUGCUCAACAAGCUCUUUGGCAGGUUCGACGACAUAGCUAAGAUGAAUGGAUGUCUUCGCAUUAAGAUCCUGGGUGACUGCUACUAUUGUGUAUCUGGUCUGCCUGACCCCAUUCCCACCCACGCCAAGAGCUGUGUUCAGAUGGGGCUGGACAUGUGCACUGCCAUCAGUAAACUGCGUGAGGCAACGGGUGUUGAGAUCAGCAUGCGGGUGGGAGUUCACACUGGCAACGUGCUCUGUGGUGUGAUCGGCUUGCAGAAGUGGCAGUAUGAUGUGUGGUCACAUGAUGUAACGCUAGCCAACCACAUGGAGUCUGGAGGUCUUCCUGGACGAGUCCACAUCACAGAGGAGACACUGCAGCACUUGAAUGGAGCAUACCAAGUGGAGGAUGGGGAUGGGGGGAGUCGGGAUCCUCUUCUUAAAGGACGAAAAACUUACCUGGUGAUUGACCCCCGAAAGCCGGACAGCAUCUCCAGGAGGCCUAAACUGGGAAACACUCUUGCAUCAGGCGAGACCAGGCAGCGGGCGUCGGUCCGGAUGUCUCAGUACCUUCAGUCCUGGCAGACUAUUCACCCCUUCGCUGACCUCAGCAACCCCGAUGCCACGUCCUCCAAGAAGCCGAUCAUCCAGCCCAGUAUUGUCAUGAACCAGUCACAACUUUCUACAGAAAGACCUCUUAGUCAGAACAACUCCUGCUGUUUGGUUGUGGAUAAUGGUGUUAGGGGAUCACUGGACACACUGGACAUUGCAGGGAGGAGAGCAAAGAAGCUCAACUGUUUGACUCUGCUGUUUAACGACCUUAGCUUAGAGAAACAGUUUCGCUUUUCAGAGGUGAAGGGUUUGCACCAGUCAAUAAGCUGCAUGGCUUUCGUCUUCGUUACUCUUUUCGCUGUCCAGAUGCUCGUCUCUGAAAAGAACUUUGUGAUGGCAGUUUCCUACGGUGCAACCUUCCCUGUGCUUGUGCUGAUUCUGUCCAUCUCUUUCACCGGAUACUUGGAGAAGUGGCGCUCCAAGAUACCUUUGGGUGUCCAGUGGAUAUCAGGACUGUCCCGUGGCGUCUCCACCAGGGCGGUGCUGCGACUGUUUGUGGUCACAGUGUGUGUUCUCAUCACCCUGCUCAUGGCGAUCCUCAACUUUUUCUUCCUGCCAGGAAACAACUGUACUGCUAUAACAAACAGGACAGAGCUGGAGGGUCUCAAACUCUACACUGUGCCUUACUACCUGUACUGCUGCCUGCUGGCCAUGCUGGGAGUGAUCGUGUUCGUCAGGACAUGCUUGUCAGUGAAGGCACUGCUGCUCACCCUGGCCGUGGUGGUUUACCUGGCCCUCUUCCUCCAUGUUUACGCACAAAGGUCCCUCUGUCUCAUCGACCUGCUUUACAACAGCACAAAGCCAGGAGUGCUGAAGGAUCCUCAGAUCAUGUCCGGGCUUUGGCUGGUCAUCUUUUAUAUUGUAUGCCUCAUACUGGCCAGACAGGACGAGCUUGGUUGCCGCGUAGACUUCCUGUUGGAGCGAUGUUUCAAAACCGAAAGAGAGGAGAUGGAGACCAUGGAGAACGUCAACAAGCUUCUUCUCCAGAACGUCCUGCCGCUCCACGUCGCCUCCUUCUUCAUGGGAAAAACAGUUCGGAACCAGGACCUGUACAGCCAGUCGUAUGACUGUGUGUGUGUGAUGUUCGCCUCGGUGCCUCAGUUCAAAGAGUUUUACAGCGAGAGCAGCGCCAACAGGGACGGGCUGGAGUGUUUGCGCUUCCUCAACGAGAUCAUAGCAGACUUUGAUGAGCUUCUCUCCAAGCCCAAAUUCUCAUCAGUGGAGAAAAUUAAAACAAUCGGCAGUACGUACAUGGCUGCAGCGGGUCUUACACACUCACCUCCAGGGGAUGAGAGAAAGAAAUGUGAGAUGUCCUACAGUCAUGUGCGCGCCAUGGUGGAGUUUGCCAUCGCUCUGAUGGGCAAACUUGAGCUUAUCAACACGCACUCUUUUAACAGCUUCAAGCUCAGGAUCGGGAUAAACCAGGGUCCAGUGAUUGCUGGGGUGAUUGGAGCGCAUAAACCUCAGUAUGAUAUCUGGGGAAACUCUGUUAACGUGGCCAGCAGGAUGGAUAGCACAGGAGUACUGGACAAGAUACAGGUGACGGAGGAGACCGCCCAGGUGGUCCAGAGCGUAGGAUACAGCGUCACCCUCAGAGGAGUCAUCAACGUCAAGGGCAAAGGGGAACUCACCACCUACUUUGUUAACACGGACCAGUUGUCUCCUCAGUUCUGAUCUCCACAUUCAAAUACUGAAGAGACAUGUCACUCAGACCUGGGUCUGGGUCAAACAUUAGCUGCAGAUGCUUGUGAAUGGUUGUGUCAGUGAACCUGUUGGACCAGAUGCACGGGUCUUGAUGUAAUCAACCUGGCUUGCCCACGGAGGUGAACACGAUCAGCAGCAAUGACCUGAAAAUACUCCUGCACGUUCACCCACGUCUGUAGCAAUUACAAACAUCUGCACUGACUCGCUGCUGAAACGGAGAUGUAGCAGCACAGGUCAUCACCUGUUAAUCAUUUACAUCUACCAAGGAGCUGUCUUUGUCUUUCGGAUGAGACACUAAAUAAAAUCCUAAAUAAAGACAUGAGACUACUACUGGCACCUGACAGCAAUGAGCUUUCUGUUCAUGGACCAAUCAGUGGCCCCUCAUAUCGCUUAUUGUACACUGUAUCUGUAGUGUAUCUGGAUUAUGUGGGUCAAGUCCCCGUGACACACUUUUCACUGUUUCUGAUAACACAUAAUGUGAUAACACAUAACCUGAACGAUGCUUUUUUUUUGGUACACUUAACAUGGCUGAAUCGCUUGACCACUUACAACACAAUGUUAUUUUAUAGAGAAAACAUAGAUUUCCAUCUCCAGCUCAUUUCCUACAUAAGCAAAGUAACUGCUGUUUACAGGAAAUCUCUUAUUAUUUACAAAAUGUUCACUACAUUAGGAUGUAAAAAACAUGUUUAGCUCAGAUUUGAUUGAUUUUGUUUCAGUUUGAGUAUGUUGGUACAUAAUAUGUUGUGUCUUUAAAUGUCGUGAAAAAAUGGGGGCAAGCAUUUUUGUACUUAAAGACGAUUGACAACAUAGAAAAGAAGAAAAAAAAACACAAGAUGCGGGCUAAUACACAAAUUGUUUCUCAGUUGGAGAGAUUUACUGCAACCUUGUGGAUUUAAAGUAUGAUUUCUUUACCCACUACUGCCCAAAAUUGACAGGAAUGAUAUUGUGACACAUCUACACCCAGGCAUAAUGAUGUGUUGAGCCAUGAGACGUCAGAUAAUGAUAAUGCACAUUUGACAUUGCACUUUUUAAUGUGUUGUAUUUUUGAAGGGAGUUGUGCAUCACAGUCCGAUGGUGAUAUGUCCCCUUUCUAUUUAAGUGUAUGUAUCUAUGAGGGAUGAUGUGAAGUGUGAAUGUGCAAAGAGCUGUUCAGUAUGGGGAAAUAUUUUUCUAUAUUAUUUAUAAACUAAUAAAUAAAUAAAA